CCGAUCAACUUCACUAUGUCCGUGGACAAUUCUCUCCAAGCCGUAAUCGCAGCUGCCGCCAGCUUCUUCUUCGUAACCGUCAUCUUCACCGCCGUCUACCUCCUCUUCAAGGGCUCCAAGAAGAAAUCCACCCGCUCCCGCCAAGCCGGUCCCCUCCGCAACCCGGCCGCCCUCUCCGCCAUCAGCGUCGACGAGACCACCUCCUUCGAUCCGUCCCUCAAGUUCUCCAUGGACGAAGUCGUCAAGGCCACCAAGGACUUCUCUGCCGAUCUCGUUGUCGGUGACGGCGGCUUCGGCCUUGUCUACAAGGCCCAACUCUCCGACGGCCUCACCGUCGCAAUCAAGAAGCUCGAUCCCGACGCGUUCCAAGGGUUUCGGGAAUUUCAGGCCGAGAUGGAAACCCUAGGUAAGCUUCGCCACCCGAACAUCGUCAAAAUUUUGGGAUACUGCGUCUCCGGCGCCGAUAGGAUAUUAAUUUAUGAGUUUAUUUCCAAGGGAAGUCUCGACCGUUGGCUUAACGACUCGUCGUCAACGGACGGUGACGGUUAUGAUGACGCGCCGGGGUUACGAUUACCGUUAUCUUGGAAAACGAGGAUUAAGAUCGUUAGGGGGGUGGCGAAUGGGUUGGCAUAUUUGCAUGGGCUGGAAAAGCCCAUUAUUCAUAGGGACAUCAAGGCCAGCAAUGUGUUGUUGGACAAGGAUUUUGAGGCCCAUAUUGCUGAUUUUGGGCUGGCCAGGAGGAUGGAUGCCUCCCAGUCCCACGUGUCGACGCAGUUUGCCGGCACGAUGGGGUACAUGCCCCCGGAAUACAAGGAAGGGUUCACGGGGGCAACCGUGAGAGCGGAUGUGUUUAGCUUUGGGAUCUUAAUGUUGGAGGUUGCAACCGGGAGGCGGCCGAAUUUGCCGACCGUGCACGACGGGAAGGAAUUGGGCUUGGUGGAAUGGGCUAGGAAAAUGGGGGAACAAAAUCGGCACAUGGAAAUGGUGGAUUCAGGCAUUUCGAAGGAGGAUUUGGAUGAAGGGGAAGUUAAGGAGUAUUUUAGCAUUGCCAUUUUAUGUGCUUGUGAGAUUUCAAAACAAAGGCCGGCCAUGAAAAAAGUCAUUGAAAUGUUGAAUCAAAUUUCGACUUGAUAUUGUUAGUGCAUUUUUUGUUGUUGUUGGUGUGAGUAGUGUUUGUUUAUUUUAUGGAAUGUUAAAUAAUGUUGCUUGGAGUGCUUAUGAAAGGGGAUGUAAAUAUUGAUGUUGAGCCAAUUAAACAAUGAAAUGACACGAGUAGGAGAAUUAGUAUUUAAA